CCCUCCAGGACCAGCAUAAAAGCCGGCCCAGAGCCUCUCUCCCUCACACACUUCUCCACACUCCUUCUGCUCCUGCUGACAACCAGGGACCCUCCACACCACAGCCAUGGCCUGCAACACCCUCUGCCGACCCUGUGGACCCACCCCGCUGGCCAACAGCUGCAACGAGCCCUGUGCCCUGCAAUGCCAGGAUUCCCGCGUCAUCAUCGACCCUUCCCCUGUGCUGGUCACCCUGCCAGGACCCAUCAUGACCUCCUUCCCCCAGAACACCGCCGUCGGAUCCACCUCCUCGGCUGCCGUGGGCACUGAGCUCAGUGUGCAGGGACAGCCCAUCUCUGGUGGAUUUGGUGGCUUUGGCUACGGCCUUGGCUACGGCCGUGGAUUUGGCUAUGGGCUGGGAGGCCUGGGCUGCUAUGGCAGAAGGGGCUAUGGCUACAAUUGCUAG